UAUUCCCUUGGCCAUUCCUCACUGAAAAAUCUCGUAUUAUCGCUGUAUCAGUUCUAUCCUUUCUCGCCAUUGAAUCGAUCGGCAAAGUCCAAAAUAUGGGCAUCUCGUUCAGCAGUAGAAGAAGGAACAACGAUCUCUAUCACAGUCAAUCUCGUUCUCAACUCAUCUAUUCUUCGCCCGUUACUUCUGAACUAUCUGCUCCUCCCCCGUCUUCAAGCUAUCUUUCACCUCCGCUUCAACCACCACCACCACCUCCGCCGCCGCCGCCUCCUCCACCGCCACCAAAUUAUUUCUUUGCGGCGAAUGCACCAUAUCAUCCUCCACCUCAAAAUCCUUACCCUGCACCUCCUCCCCCUCCUUAUUCAUCCUGCUACCAGUAUGCGGGUGGGUAUAACACCUGUGGAUUCGCUGGACCUAUUAUGGGUCAAGGUCGUUCCAAUUACUACGCUAAUCAUGGUUAUGAGGGUCCUCCUGUUAUGAGGAAUUCGUGGUUUCCUUCGCAACCUCCGCAGACUCCGCCUCCUUAUGUUGACCAUCAGAAUGCUAAAAAGGUUAAGAACGAUGUCAAUAUCCGUAAGGAUACGAUAAAACUUGAAGUCGAUGAGACGAGCCAGGACUGCCAUUUAGUUUCCUUUACUUUCGAUGCUAUGGUCGAUGGCAGUAUCACUAUCUUCUACUUUGCGAAAGAAGGGGCAGACUGCAGCUUCAGUCCACUAUAUCCUGAGGCCUAUAUGCCAGUUAGAAUUUCCUUUCAGAAAGGCUUGGGCCAGAAAUUCAGUCAGUCUCCAGGGACUGGAAUUGACCUAGGCUUCUUUGAGUUGGAUGAUCUUUCUAAGCCAUCACCGGGUGAAGAUGUUUUCCCACUUGUUAUCUUAGCUGAAGCAUGCCUACCACCUCUGCCUGCAGACGAUCAACUUGGUCAGUCUCUGCCACUAACCACAUCCUCUCAUGCACAGAUUACUCAAGCCAUCUUAGAAAAGAAUAACAGGGAAUCAUUUCAAGUGAGAGUUGUGAAGCAGAUAUUGUGGGUUGAUGGGGUUCGCUAUGAACUUCGUGAAAUUUAUGGAAUUGGCGACCCAGUGGAAGCAGGCUUUGGUGACAAAGACGAAGGGAAGGAGUGUGUUAUUUGCAUGACAGAACCUAAAGAUACAGCUGUCUUACCUUGUCGACAUAUGUGUAUGUGCAGAGAAUGUGCAAACGCAUUGAGGCAUCAAUCUAAUAAGUGUCCGAUAUGCCGUCAGGCCAUUGAGGAGCUCUUAGAAAUCAAAGUCAAUGAUGAUGGUCGCAUGGUCGGUGAAAGAUCCGCUUCUUGAUAUUUCAACAAUUUGUGUGGCAUAAGGUUUUUUUAAUACAUCUUUUACCUUCAUCUGUGCUUUUUAUUCAUUUGUAUAACUUAUUCUACCUAGAUUGUUCCUUCUUUGGUUUUCCAUCUCACCUUCAAAUAUAAUCAUGUCUAGUGUUUCAGUCUAUUGUGGAUUGUAAAUAUUGUUGUACAUACAACUUGAAAAUAAAGCAUCAUGACUUUGUUGGUUUACCUUUUCUUUCUAA